AUGGAGGGGAAGGAGGUGUAUCUUCCCCGGUUGAUUAGGCAUAGCAUGUGGAGAGCUCAUAUCCGCGGCUUGUUACCGUUUCCGACACUGAUUACUAGCUUAGCUGAGCUAGCUGAUCCCCCGACUAGCCGCCGUUCUCGAGCUAGAGCGGUAGCCGAGGCGGCUAGACCUUCAUCCUCCACAGCAGCACCUGCACCAUCAUCAGCACCUGAGCCGACCUAUCUGUUAGUGCAGCACCUUCUUUGCUUCAUGGAGCGCUUCGUGCGUCGUGUCAUGCGACGCCUCGACCGCUUAGACCAGGCGGCUGCAUCACAGGGUAUCCAGCUCCCUCCACUUCCAGAGUCCCCCGCUUCUGAUGAGCAGGAUCCGGAGGAAGAGCAUGGUGAGGAGCCGAUACAGCAGGAGGCACCACCAGAGAUGCAAACCACCACUGAGGUCCGGCAACCUCCUGAGGUCCAACAUGACAUUCCUGAGCCACAGACAGUACCACCUCCAGUUCCACCACCCUUCUUAUAG